AUGGACCAAGCAAGACAGACACUGGAGCUACCGAGCUCGAUAUGCGUCUUCUCACUUAACUGCUGGGGCCUCAAGUUCAUCUCAAAGUACCGCCAUGAACGCCUUGUAGAGAUCGGCAACCACCUCGCCAGAGUAUCGCCUGCUCCCGAAAUCGUCGGUCUGCAAGAAUGCUGGACUCAACAAGACUUCAACGCCAUUCGUGAGCGAACGAAACACAUCUUACCCUAUGGAAAGUUCUACUGGAGUGGUAUCUUUGGCGGCGGCCUGGCCAUCCUGUCCAAAUGGCCCAUUGAGGAGAGCACCAUGGUCAAAUAUCCACUCAAUGGCCGACCUGCCGCCUUCUACCGUGGCGAUUGGUAUGUUGGCAAGGGAGUAGCCUGCGCCCGCAUCCGCAUUGGUCCUGGCAAGAAAGAUAUCGUCGAGGUCUUUACUACACACUUGCACGCUCCGUACGAAGCCGAGCCCAACGAUUCCUACAUCUGCCAUCGCACUGCCCAGGCUUGGGAGAUCGCAAAACUCAUGCGUGGCGCUGCCGAACGUGGCCACAUGGUCCUAGGUCUGGGCGACUUCAACAUGAUCCCACUAUCACUGGCUCAUCGCUUGAUCGAGGCUCAUUCUCCUGUCAAGGAUGUUUGGAGAGUCAUACAUCCCAACUCUGCCAUUGGCGCUGCCACACACGAGGCUGAGAAGGCGAGAGGAGUUCCAGUCCCUUCGUCUGAUGAGUGUUUGAAAGAGCAUGGAACUACCUGCGACAACAGGUAUAACACCUGGCGCUGGAACAAAGGUGACAAGAAGAAACUGCUGGAGAAGAGACAAGACACACCAGUCGACGGCUCACAACCAGAUACAAAAGCCAAACGUCUGGAUUACAUCUUCUUUGGUGGCGAUGCCGAAGGCCCAGCAUCACAAUGGAGCAUUGACAGUGUCAAUGUAGGAGUUACCGAACGACACCCAGAGCUCCUCUGCUCGCUUUCCGAUCACUUCUCUGUAGAAACAACACUUACACGUUCGUCCAAUCCAUCAAACGCACUGCCACAAUCGACUACUUUCUUACCUGUCGAGACUUAUGACCAAAUCCUCGCCAUGGUGCACAAGUACGAGGCUCGCGAACGCAAGCAGCGCAAGUACCGCUUAUACCAUUUUGGUGCCGAGCUUCUCAUAGCCAUCGGAUGUCUGAUCGCCGUCUGGUGGUCACCACGCAACUUUGUAGCGUUCCUGCUAAUGCUACUAAGUACAUUGGGUCUUUCAGCAGGCGUGAUUGAUGGCCUGAUGGGCGGGCUAUUCGUAGGAAGCGAGUUGCGCGCGCUCCGAGAAUUCGAAUGGGAGAUUACGAAUGCGAGGACCAUGGCUCUUGCUGCUCAACAAGCGUUGUUGAAAUAG